CCAGGGUCCAAGUGGCCAAAAACUCACCCCACUAUCCCCCGCCACAACCCUCACCGCCUACCCAAAAAGCGCCUAGAUUACCCGUAUCCCCAGGGCGGUGGUGCACGAGCCAUCACUAGGUAAUAGACGACUCUCACAAGCCUCCAAUUGCCCAUCAAGGUCCAGCAGCUCAACAACAACCAUCAUCUUCAAAUACAACUGUGCCAAGACAGCAACCGCAAAACCCACAACCAGAACGCGCCGCCGCUGGUCAUGGUCCAAAAGUCAAUAACACCCCCAACAAUACAAAAUGGUCCAAAAACAAUAGCCAAAAAAUAAAAAACCUUUCCAACUACAUCAACAACAACAACCCAACCGGCACAAACCAUCAUCAUCAUCAUCAUCACCACCAUCACUCCACCAAAAAAAUGGCCGACCCCUUCGAAGUGCGAAUGCGCUUCACAAACCAACUGAGGCAACUCAACGCCUCGGUUACGUCUGCCCAAAAGGCGGCCCAGUUCGCGCUUAAACACCAUGAGAUGGGGGAGGAUUUGCAUUCUUGCAUUUUGGAGCAGCUUGAAAAGAACAACAUGAACACCCGCGCCAACAUUAUGUACUUUAUCGAACACUUCCUCGACCUCGCCCAGAAGGAAUCCCACCCUGAAUACGUUGUUCUCAUGCAGCGGGACAUCAUCCGCGUCGUUGACGCUGUCGCUCCCGAAGAUGGGACCGGGAUCGCAAACGUCAAAGUUGCGAGGAAGGUCCUGCAGGCGUUGGCGGCAAAGUCGUUUCUUGAUGGGGAGCUGCUGAGUCAGAUUGAGGAGGUGUUGAGGGAGAGGUAUUCUGCCGCGCAACAGGAUCUGGCGCUCAUGUCGUCGCCUACUACUGCUGUUGGGGAUGGUAAUGUGGGUGGGGGUGGGGGGGUGCCUACGCCGCAGACUAGGGUUUCUACUGGUGGUGGUGGUGGUGGUGGUGGUGGUGGGAAAGGGAAGAUGAAGUUGGAUAGGAAGCAGGUUGAGCAGAGGAUUGAGGAGGAUAGGGAGCGGCAUAAGAGGCAGAGGGAGGGGAUUUGGGCGGUUAGUCCGGAGAAUGAGGCCGAGUUGAGCAAGUUGUGGGAGGAGACGAGCGAGCUGGGGGAGGAUGAUGAGAGGAUGUGUGAUGAGGAGUGGGAGGAGUGGGAGGAGGCGAUGGGGGGUGGGUGUGGGCAUUGGGGGGAGAGGACUAAUGGGGAUCAUCACUCUUGA